AUGGACGUUAAAUGGUUCUGGAAUCAUGAAGUCAUCGCACUUUCAAGUUUAUUACUUAGCCCCUGCAAAAUCUCAGCGACAAAUAAUACAUCAUUGUUGAUCAGAUAUUUUCAGAGGCAUAAUCCGGAAAGUAAAAAACUUGAAACCCUAUGA